AUGACCGCAUCACCUACUAAUAUCUCAGAACAUGAUCCCAAUACAUCUUUAUCGUAUCGUGCAAAAGCCAUGUCGCUCUUUAAUUCUAUUCGAAAUAAUUCCCGUUUUCUUUCAUCUCGUCACUCAAAAUCACUUCCGUACCAUCGAUUCACAUCUGGAGAUGAAACAACCACAGAUCCAUUCUCCACAGCUGUCUCUCCAAUUAGGAGAAAGAGAAAAUUAAAGAGACGGAAAGGCAUACCGAUCCCGCAUGCUAACCAUCAUAAUGGACAUAAACGAAGACAUAAAAAGGGAUGUGACCAUAUCGGAAAGGAAGAUGCAUUAUGGAUUGAUUUGACUUCUUCUAGAUUGAAAAGGUUUGGGCUUACUGGGGAGAGAAAAAAUGUAGACGAAGACACUUUGUGGGCAGUUUCCAUUUAG